AUGAAAUGUUGGUCUGGUCGCGGUAAACAGACUUUCGAAGAACCCAAAUUGUGUUUUCAACAUUCCCUUCUCAUCAAAUAAACCAGUAUCGAGUUAGUUCAAUCUGAGAAUGGAUUUGCCACCACUAAUAGUAACCGCAGAAGAAGUCAUCAACUCCCUUCCACCGCCCUCAUAUGAGGAAAUCAUGGGCCACCAGGCCCAAACUUCAGCAAAAACUGAUGUAUCUAAGGAGGAGUUACCGCCCUUGGCUUACAUUGAUAUAAUGCCUCGAUGUCUUCACCCAGGAAAUAUGAAAGGGAAAGUUCCACCAGAAUACGACAAGUUCAGUACAUUGAUCCAGGCGGCAAAUCACUGGCUAAGAGAAUGUCCAAUGUACGGCGUGUGGAAGUGUGAGACGGUAGAACGUAAAGUAGAGCCAAGCGGGGAAGUUAUAAUGGAAAGCAUGUUAUUUCACGAGGCCACUUAUGGAUUUAAUGUUUAUAUCAAUGGUAUCAGGCUGUGGUUGUAUGUCCGAGACAACAGUUCCUCGCCGCCUCAGCAGUUGGGACUUUACAGUCGAGUUCCAGACAAAGUAGGGAUACCAAUCGCUUACUACGGACGUCGCAGAUUUCACGGUCCGGCUUUAAUUCAAACCAUGACGUCAUACGAAGGACUGAGAACCACAGUAGACAAGUUAAACAGAGAACUCCAGAGUAAACCCCUCGGAGGGACUAUUUUGACUGUGGAGUGUGCCGUGAUAAAGGCAGCGGAGGGAUUUGAGAAGUUGGACGUGGAUCCUGACAAUACAGUGUUUCAUGAAAAUGGUGGGAAAUCACGGCGUUACACACAGAUUCUCCGAAUAUUCUACGUCAUUGGAACUCCAACACAAGAAACCUUUGAAUUGAUAGAUGUUAUACCUAAAGUAACCAGGAAACCUGGAAUGGGGACACCUGCCAAGUUCGAGACAUACGAAGAAACAUUAGAACGUCUAUCUAAAAAUCCACCCACAGAACUCAGAGAAGGACGGAUUGUCAAUAUACAGACUCAUAUAUCAAAAUACCUGGAAGCAAUGGGUGAGGUAGAUGUUCUUUCAAACGAUACCGAUGAUUUUGUCUUCGGUACUUCAGAAGGAAAACAGCUACAGAUAAUACGCAUCUUCAAAGUGAAAGGAAGUUCAACAAAUUCCUUUCCGCCAUGCCUGUCCUCGAAACUCUUUCUUCCUGUCCGCACUGGUCAAAAGUCAUUUGAAAAUAUGGCACAAACAAUGUUCCGGAUAGAAGCUUGGCUUAGAGCGACAGGACUACCUGUCUACACUGUUGAUACUGUAUCCUACCUCUUCAAACAGCAUUCUCCGCUAGGUGUGGAUAACAGCAAAUCUAACGUGAUAAGUCCCGCGGGGGUCGGCAAACACUUUGUAACUGCAAUCAGGGUUUAUUUCUCUCAGCCCUUCCAGGAGCCUGACCCCGCCCUCCUACCUCCUGUGUUUCCAUGGGUACCUUCCUCAGGUUCGUCUAGCUGUUCUAUAUUGUGAUCUGCCUUCCUCUACAACAAUACUCUGUGAAUAUCAAAACCAGAACGUAUAUGGCUAUGCACAUGUGGAUCAAGCACAGACCUCAACGUAAAGACUGUGAUCAUAAAUACUUGUCAAAUUUUACUUUUUUAUCUUAUAAAAAAUGUUCUUAUGUAUAUGUUA